AUGGCCAUCGACGCCUUUGCGCGGCAGGCGCUCUGGCAGGCGGGGCUCGACUACCUGCACGGCACGGGGCACGGCGUGGGGGCGGCGCUGAACGUGCACGAGGGGCCGCACUCGAUCUCGGCGCGGUGGGGCAACACGUGCGGCCUCGAGGAGGGGAUGAUCUGCUCCAACGAGCCGGGCUACUACGAGGCGGGCGCCUUUGGCAUCCGGAUCGAGAACCUGCUGGUGGCGCGCGCCGCGCCGACGCCGAACGCCUUCAACGGCAAGGCGUACCUCCGCUUCGACCAGCUGACACACGUGCCCAUCCAGGCGUCGCUCCUCGAGCCGUCCCUCCUCACCAGCGCAGAGGUGGAGUGGCUCGACGCGUACCACGCCCGCGUCUGGGAGCGUGUCUCGCCCCGCGUGGACGCCGACUCGGAGGGCGCCCGCUGGCUGCGCCGAGUCACGCGCCCGCUCGCCGAGCAAGGGGUGCGGGGCUUGCCGCCCUCUAGGACGGCCGCAGUGGCAGAGGCCGCCGCUGCGUUAUAG